UACGACAUUGACAUUCGCGCGUGCGCCUUGAACUUCUGACUGACAGUCGCUCUGGCUGUUUUAUGCAACAUGGCAGCGCUGAGUGCAGCCGCUUCCAGGCUUCUUGGGACGAAGUUGUUGGGUGGACAGAAAUGGUCUGCCAUAUCCCCAGCCGUUUCACGCACUUUUCACUUCACUGUGUAUGGGAAAAAGGAUGCAUCUGCUAAAGUUUCAGAUUCGAUUUCAACCCAGUAUCCCGUUGUAGACCAUGAAUUUGAUGCGGUUGUUGUUGGGGCAGGUGGAGCUGGGCUUCGAGCAGCAUUUGGCUUGUCUGAGGCAGGGUUCAACACGGCCUGUAUCAGCAAGCUCUUUCCUACAAGAUCUCACACCGUUGCAGCCCAGGGUGGUAUAAAUGCUGCUCUUGGAAACAUGGAAGCUGAUGACUGGAGGUGGCACUUCUAUGACACAGUGAAAGGUUCUGACUGGCUUGGUGACCAGGAUGCCAUCCAUUACAUGACCGAGCAAGCACCUGCUUCCGUAAUUGAGCUGGAGAAUUAUGGAAUGCCUUUCAGCCGGACAGAAGAAGGGAAGAUCUACCAGCGUGCUUUUGGAGGACAGUCUCUUAAGUACGGAAAAGGAGGGCAGGCUCACCGAUGCUGCUGUGUGGCUGACAGGACCGGACACUCGUUGCUUCAUACUUUGUAUGGGAGGUCACUGAGAUAUGACACCAGCUACUUUGUGGAGUAUUUUGCUUUGGACCUGUUGAUGGAAAAUGGGGAGUGUCGUGGUGUAAUCGCACUAUGCAUGGAGGAUGGAUCCAUACAUCGUUUCAGGGCAAAGAACACGGUUAUUGCUACUGGGGGAUAUGGCCGAACCUAUUUCAGCUGCACUUCUGCCCAUACCAGCACUGGUGAUGGCACAGCCAUGGUGACAAGAGCUGGGCUUCCCUGCCAAGACUUGGAAUUUGUACAGUUUCACCCAACAGGUAUUUAUGGAGCUGGCUGCCUAAUAACAGAGGGCUGUCGUGGAGAGGGAGGUAUUCUUAUCAACAGUGAAGGGGAACGGUUUAUGGAACGAUAUGCACCGGUAGCAAAGGACCUGGCUUCACGUGACGUGGUGUCCCGUUCUAUGACCAUUGAAAUUCGUGAAGGAAGAGGCUGCGGCCCAGACAAGGAUCAUGUCUAUCUUCAGCUUCAUCACCUCCCACCCCAGCAGCUGGCUACUCGCCUGCCAGGAAUUUCUGAAACGGCCAUGAUCUUUGCAGGUGUCGACGUCACAAAGGAGCCUAUUCCUGUCCUCCCAACCGUCCAUUAUAACAUGGGUGGGAUCCCAACAAAUUACAAAGGCCAGGCUAUUAUUCACGUCGAUGGGGAAGACAAAGUGGUUCCUGGUCUAUAUGCAUGUGGCGAGGCUGCAUCAGCUUCUGUACAUGGAGCCAACAGACUUGGUGCAAACUCCCUCCUGGACCUGGUUGUCUUUGGUCGUGCCUGUGCUCUGAGCAUUGCAGAGUCAUGCAAGCCUGGUGAGCCCAUACCAUCCAUUAAACCAAAUGCUGGAGAGGAAUCUGUUGCAAAUCUGGAUAAAUUACGUUUUGCCAAUGGAAGCACAAGAACCUCUGAGCUUAGACGUAACAUGCAGAAGACUAUGCAGGAUCAUGCUGCGGUCUUCAGAACUGGUUCUAUAUUACAAGAAGGGUGUGAAAAGCUGAGUCAAGUUAAUGCUGCCAUGGAUGAUAUAAAAACAUUUGACAGAGGUAUUGUCUGGAACACAGACUUGGUUGAGACACUUGAAUUGCAAAACCUGAUGCUGUGUGCUCUCCAGACUAUUUAUGCUGCAGAGGCUCGUAAAGAAAGCCGCGGGGCUCAUGCCCGAGAGGAUUUCAAGGUUAGGAUAGAUGAGUAUGAUUUUUCAAAACCACUCCAAGGACAGCAGAAGAAGCCUUUUGAGGAGCACUGGAGGAAGCACACACUAUCAUUUGUUGACAAGAACGGCAAGGUUACCUUGCAGUACAGACCUGUCAUUGACUCAACCUUAAAUGAAGAAGACUGUGCGUCAGUUCCCCCAGCCAUCCGUUCUUAUUAAUAAUAUUUCUGCUAAACAUGUUGUGAAAUGUUUCAUUUAGCACUUGGCAAAGUAUAACGGUGUGGUCCAGCAUUUUGCACAUAAUGCUGGUGCUUGGUAACCUUGAAGAGCAUUGAAAUAUAUAACUAUUUCUCAUUAAAAUCUGUUUAUUUUUGAGUUUCAA